CUUGCGGCGCUCCUGAUUGGUCGAGAACUAUCCUGGUAACCAUGGAUCACAACACUGGACCCAUGAGGAAAGCAGCCGUUUUGUUUGUGAGCUAACUGCUAACAAAGCAUCCACCAAGACGCAACCCAUUACUGUUUGGACAUGGUGGAUGCAGCCCUCUUCAGAGUAAAGAUUUCCUAACUGAUAUCCCGGGUCAGGGGGCGCUUCAGGUGCAGGCCUCAGAACGGCCCACAAGGUGAUGUGGAUUGUGGACACAGCGUGAUCUGCAGCCGCAUGAUGGAUGAUAAUAGCAAGAUGCUGUAGCCUAGUUGGCCUCUAGAAAUACCCAUGUAAGGGCUUUGGGAUUUUUUUUUCUCAUUCUUCCUGCUGAUGUUGCAUGAUGGUGUGGCAAAAUUCAAUACAUGCUCUUUCCAAUGAAACUGAAUGCCUGCAUUUUAAUUGCUUCGUGCCAAGGAAAGAAGCCUGUCGGUGAUGACAAUGUGGAUGAAUAUUUAAUCGCCCUCCAGCACAAAAACAGAAUCCUGAACCGCCUCAAAGCUAAAGACCCAAGGAAGAUAGAGCUGGAAAGGCUCGAGCAAGGCUUCUCGCUUUACUUUAAUGGAGCCAAUGCGGAAUCCUCUAAGAGGCCACGCAAGAGCUGUAAGUACAACAAGCCAGUCAGCGCCACGCCUGUUUGGAGGACCACACGUACAGCAGCAGAUGUCUCUAGAAGCGCCUACCAGCUAAGUGAAGAUAGUCAUUUGGAGGACAGCCACAACCAGAGGAGCCACACAGCCCCGGGAAAGGUCCAGAGGAAAGAAUGGGUGCAGGAUUCCAUCAUAAUCCGGACAGAGGAUGGAAGGAGUUUGAGGAUAUGCCCGCAAAAGCGCUACUCUGAUGAUUUUGAGCCCUAUGAGAGCACAGACAUGGAGACCUCCGGCCCACGCUCGCCUCGCGCUCCCCGCUCACCAAGGGACAAUUAUAAGCAUCCCCGGCCCGAGAGCGAAGGAGACCAAGCGGAUCAAGACCACAACGAGAAGGUGCUUCUCAACCUCGAGGAAGUGAAGGUUUUAAGGCGCAGCCUGGAGAACAGCAUGCGGCAUAGCAGCCGCGGCUCGGCGGGGGAGGAGUCAGACGAAGAGUGGGUGGAGGAGCAAAUCGAACGGGAUGAGAGCACAGAAAGUCUAGACGAACUUGGACUUCCUGUGCCUACCUCCAAGUCUUCCUCCAACGCACGUCCCGGAACUUCCCAUAGCCAUUUUGACCCGGCAAACCUCAUUGUACUUGACUUUGGACCCGCACCAAAAGGUCGUAAACUUGAGCGUUCAUUGUCUGCGAAGAGGAAGGAAAACAGUGACUCUUUCAUACCUUGUAAGCCAGUGUUGGUGAAGAGUAAAACGUUGGAUAAACCACCUUCGAAAGACAGCUGGGAUUGUCCAAGGCCAGCGAGUCAGGCAGAGAGGCCCCUGUCAACCGCUAGAAGGACUUUCACUGAGAAGCAGGACCAAGAUGAGGUCGCACGUGGUGUGUGCCAGGCCCUCCAGAGAGAAAACAAUAGUCCUGAGCUCUUCACUCGCAACAUGGGCAGAGGGCAACAGAUGAUGAACGGCUUAGUGCAUGGCAAAGGAAACGACCGGGAGGAGAGCAGUGUCACUCUGGCCAUGCAGAGAAUCACACUCAUGGGCUUCAGGGAGCAACACAAACUGCUGAAAGCCUUGGAGGAGCUAGAAGCUGCACCCCCAUUCAACAUUCCUCAGGGUGGCAAAACAGACCACAGCAAAACGCCGCCGAGGCGCUCCCAGGAGGUCACCCCUGCUCUGUACGUCACGAUGGAGAUCCUGUCCAACUGGGGCCACAAGCAGCAGGUCGGCCUGACUGAGUUGCAGUUUUUUGGACCCGGGAACAGGAAACUGUACGUGUCCCCACAUGACCUCGACAUCAGGAACGCAGACUAUCCUGGGAAUCUGGCGGCACUUGUCAAUGGCAAGGCGAAGACGACCAAGGAGCGCCACAUGUGGACGUGUCCCUUUCACCCCCCAGUCCAGCUCUACUUCAUCGUCCGCAACAUGGAGCGCGCUGCAGAUUUUGGAAUAUCUCGCAUCAAAAUCUGGAACUACAACAGAAGCCUCAAUGAACUUGACAUUGGUGCACGCCAUAUAAAGCUGUACCUCAACAGCACGCUGGUAUUUGAGGGAGAGCUGGAGAGGGGCUGCGGCAAUCAGGUGUUUGACUACAGCACUCUAAUUGAGCUCCAGGAUCUCCAGGCUUCAGACUCCUUGUUUUCCAGCCCGUCGUCUUCAGGAAACAAUCUGGGCGGGGCCAGCCCCCAGCGGUAUGAUGAUGAUAGGAAAGCCAGAGAGGGCAGCAGCACACACCAGCACCACAGUUCAGUCCUACCGCCAUCAGAAGCAUCAAGCCAAGCUAUGAUGGACACACAAUCAGGUCCGCACACGCCUCUCCCACCCAUCUCUGGGCGGCGCUCCUCCGCACAAAGGAACUCUUUUGACCUGUCCACCUCAGAGGAGCGUCCACCUUAUAGACUGCAGGACUAUUCAGCACCCGUGGCGCAGACCGUCACCAUGCAGCCAUCCUCCUCGCGAAUGACCCCCCAGUGGCUACAGCCCUUGAAGAGAGCCAAUCCCGAGGGCUGCGAGGCCAGCCGGGAGAAGCCACGCUGGCUGGUGCCUCAGCAACCCACAGAGUCCAAAUCUCCAUCGGCGUCGGCUUCCUCGUUACUCCCGGAGUUGGCAUGUAACCCAGGGCGGGUGUGCAGGGGAGGGGAAAGGCCGGCGAAUGGAGCGCAGUGGAAGGGGGAUUCUUUGGACAAGAGCUGCGACCUGAUGGAGGAGUUCGGGGAACCAAAGCAGGAGCGACCCAUCAGUGGGAGAAGGAGCUCUUUGCAAAACUUCCGACAGAUGGAGGAGCAAUCCCUAAAGUCUGCUUGUCUGUCAAACACGGAGCCAGCGAUCAGCACCAGUAGGAGGCAGCGUACCCCGAGACCCCUUCUGCACAGCCAUCAAGAUGACCUCAUGGAGUCCUGGGACUCCCUAACAAAGUUCAACCAGUGCCAACGUGGUCGCAUCUCCAACAUGGGCUUUGAGGGCGACAUCUUUGAUGACUUCCAGCAGCAACACAGCCGUGGCCCCACUGCAGCCCCCGUCACCCCCUCAGCCACCUCCCUGAGUCCACCAUCCUCCUCUUUUUCCGCCAAAGAGCUCCCAAGUGAGGGCCCUGACAUGAAUUCCUUCAUGGAGGCAGAGGAUGAGUUUGAAAUCCCGGUGCUUCCCAAAGGCCAACGAUUGGUCAUUAACAUUUUGUCCACCUGGGGCGACCGCCAUUAUGUCGGCCUCAACGGUCUGGAGGUUUUCAGUUCUAGUGGAGAGCCCCUCCAAAAUGCGCACAUCACCGCCAACCCCCCAGAUAUUAACAUACUCCCAGCAUACGGAAAGGACCCUCGCGUGGUCACCAACUUGAUCGACGGUGUUAAUCGCACGCAGGACGACAUGCACCUCUGGCUCGCUCCGUUCACGCCUGGACGUAGCCACACAAUAUUCCUGGACUUUGGACACCCUUACCAGGUUGCCAUGAUCCGUGUGUGGAACUACAACAAGUCCCGCAUCCACUCUUUCCGUGGGGUGAAGGAGGUGGAGAUGCUGCUGGAUGGGCGGUGCAUCUUCAGGGGCGAAAUCGCCAAAGCUUCUGGGACGCUCUGUGGAGAUUUGGAUCAGUUCGGAGACACUAUUUUAUUUACUACCGAUGAUGAGAUCCUAGAGGCGAUGUCCCGGUUUGAUGAAACCUUCCUCAGUGAAAAUAAAGGUUUUGAGAAUCCUGUGUAUGAGGAAGAGCUGCAGAGACCUCGCACUGCAGACGGAGAGGGGGAGGAAAGACCCUUUACACAGGCCGGCUUCAGGGAGGAGGACCUUGCUCUUAAUCUUCACCUCAAUGCCACAGUGAGCCCGUCGGAGAACAUGGAGCAGAUCCCUGGGAUGUACACUGGAAAGUGCCUUCGACUGCAGCUCAUGUCAACAUGGGGCGACUCUCACUACGUGGGUUUAACAGGACUGGAGGUGGUGGGGAAGGAUGGAGAGGGUUUACCUUUGGACCUCAGUAUCAUGGCCUCUUCACCCAGGGACCUCAAUGACUUGCCCGAAUAUGAUGAUGACUCGCGCACCCUUGAUAAGAUCAUAGACGGCCACAACAUCACCAUCGACGACCAUCACAUGUGGCUGAUUCCUUUCUCCUAUGGAGAGGCCCACACUCUGACCAUCAGCUUCCCACACACCCAGACCAUCGCCGGAUUGCGCAUUUGGAACUACAACAAGUCUCCUGAGGAUUCAUAUAGAGGGGUGAAAGUGAUCCAUGUGAUCAUGGAUGAUGUGGUCAUCUCCCCGGCGGAGGGCUUUCUGAUCAGGAAAGGACCAGGCAACUGUCACUUUGACUUUGCUCAAGAGGUCCUCUUUGUGGACUACAUGCAGGCGCCCACUGACAACAAGAGUGCAGAAGAGUACCCUGACAAACGAAGCGUUAAGAGAGCAGAACAGGCCAGCAUGGAUUAUGAAGCUCCCAUCAUGCCUUGUGGAUUCAUCUUUCAGCUGCAGCUCUUAACCACCUGGGGGGACCCUUACUACAUCGGCCUGAAUGGUGUCGAGUUCUACAACCAGAACCACGAAGAGAUCAAACUCAGUGACAACAACAUCGCAGCUUUCCCAGAUAGCGUUAACGUGCUGGACAACGUGAGUGGUGACGUGAGGACUCCAGAUAAAUUAAUAGAUGGUGUCAACAGCGCCAAUGAUGGCAGGCACACGUGGCUGGCCCCUGUGCUGCCUGGACUGGUGAACCGUGUGUACGUCAUCUUUGAUCAUCCGGUGACUGUGUCCAUGAUUAAACUCUGGAACUACUCCAAAACCCCACAGAGGGGGGUUAAAGAGUUUGGACUGCUUGUAGAUGACCUACUUGUGUACAAUGGUGUCUUGGACAGCGUGAACCACAUGAGCCGCGGCAUUCUGCCCACGUGCGACAUGGUAGUGCCGUAUCACACCAUUCUCUUCACCGACAACGCUUACGUUGCACACCGCGAGAGGAACACCGUCAUCAGCCCGCAUGGCAGUAGACACUUCCAACAUAACUUUGUGGAGGACCAGGAUGUGAAGAUGACCAAUGAGAACCAGAUAAUCCAUCACAACAAGAGCAAGCAGACAGCAGACCCAGCUCUUCGGCCAAAAACCUGCAUGACCGACGCUGGGAAACACGGACACAGGAGGUACUGAUGGACGUCACUUUAUGCCUCUGGUGGGUGGAAACCUACCUUUUUAUUAUUAAGACUCCGAUGCAGUGACAUGCACGUUUUUGCACUGAUCACAGUGGGCUUGCUUCACACACACACACACACGCGCACUAUAUUCCACUUUAUGGUUGGAUAACUCCCUCGUACAUUUUAGUGCCGGGAUGAAAAAACAACAACUGUCAGGCUGUAUUCUACCGGCCUUAUUACCGUGCCUGUACUGUACUUAUCUCGAACUGCUAAAUGUGACUUGUGCUGCACAUAUUUGCUGCCCGUGGCGUGUAAAUACAUACAUGUAAUGAUAAUAUUUACUGUGUAAUAAUGUUGAUUAACAAGUGAAUCCACUGAUAACCAAAUACAAGGCUAUGCAGGCACUUCUUUCCAGCUAUUAAGAGUUGAUAUAAAACCAGGGAUACCCUAUGUUUAUCUUUGGCAUAUUCAUAUUUGGCUCCACAAAAGUAGCUUUGUGGCGUUUAGUUUUCCAAUCAAAAUCUAGCUAUAGCUUAGUAGUUCAACCCCAAGUGACCUUUUUAUUGAAGGAUUUUCAAUAGAAAGGCGCCUUUUACUGUAACUUUACCUCAAAUUGAGCAUUUUACAACGGGACACGUUUUGUUGUCGUGCAAAACAUUUCAAGGAAUAUGGACUAAAAGAUGUAUUCAGCGAAAACACAACAAACUUACAAAUAAUCACUUCUUGUACUGUGUGUUAAAAAAAAGUUGUGUGACGAUGGCAGUCAGCAUGGGGUGAUCGUUGUUUUUUGGGGAAAAUUCCAUUUAUUUUUAUAAUCUUGUUCAAACCUGUAUAUUAAAUGUAGGGUUCUUUAAAAAAAUUAAAUGUGUAUAUACUGUA